UGGGCAGGACCCGGAAGUGAGGGUUGCGAGGCCUCUCUGGAAGUUGUCCUGGGUGUUCGCCGCUGGAGCUCCGGGUCGAGAGGACGAGGUGCCGCUGCUGGGAGGAUCCUCCGCUGCCGCCGGCUCCCGGAGCCCAGCCCUUUCCUAACCCAGCCCAGCCCAGUCCCAGCCGCCAACGCCUGUCCCUGCCGCGGACCCCAGCGUUACCAUGCAUCCUGCCGUCUUCCUAUCCUUACCCGACCUCAGAUGUUCCCUGCUGCUCCUGGUAACUUGGGUUUUUACUCCUGUAACAACUGAAAUAACAAGUCUUGAUACAGAGAAUAUAGAUGACAUUUUAAAUAAUGCUGAUGUUGCUUUAGUAAAUUUUUAUGCUGACUGGUGUCGUUUCAGCCAGAUGUUGCAUCCAAUUUUUGAGGAAGCUUCCAAUGUCAUUAAGGAAGAAUAUCCAAAUGAAAAUCAAGUAGUGUUUGCCAGAGUUGAUUGUGAUCAGCACUCUGAUAUAGCCCAGAGAUAUAGGAUAAGCAAAUACCCGACCCUCAAACUGUUCCGUAAUGGGAUGAUGAUGAAGAGAGAGUACAGGGGUCAGCGAUCAGUGAAGGCCCUCGCAGAUUACAUCAGGCAACAGAAAAGUGACCCCGUUCAGGAGCUUCAUGACUUAGCAGAAGUCACCACUCUUGAUCGCAGCAAAAGAAAUAUCAUUGGAUAUUUUGAGCAAAAGGAUUCAGAAAACUAUAGAGUUUUUGAAAGAGUAGCAAAUAUUUUGCACGAUGAUUGUGCCUUCCUUUCUGCAUUUGGGGCUGUUUCAAAACCAGAAAGAUAUAGCGGAGACAACAUAAUCUACAAACCACCAGGGCAUUCUGCUCCAGAUAUGGUAUAUUUGGGAUCCAUGACCAAUUUUGACGGGACUUACAAUUGGAUUCAAGAUAAAUGCGUUCCUCUUGUCCGGGAAAUAACAUUUGAAAAUGGAGAGGAAUUGACAGAAGAAGGACUGCCUUUUCUCAUACUCUUCCACAUGAAAGAAGAUACAGAAAGUUUAGAGAUAUUCCAGAAUGAAGUAGCUCGACAAUUAAUAAGUGAAAAAGGUACAAUAAACUUCUUACAUGCUGACUGUGACAAAUUUAGACAUCCUCUUCUGCACAUACAGAAAACUCCAGCAGAUUGCCCUGUAAUAGCUAUUGACAGCUUCAGACAUAUGUAUGUGUUUGGAGACUUCAGGGAUGUAUUAAUUCCUGGAAAACUCAAGCAGUUUGUAUUUGACUUACAUUCUGGAAAACUGCACAGAGAAUUCCAUCAUGGUCCUGACCCAACCGAUACAGCCCCAGGACAGCAAGUGCAAGAUGUAGCAAGCAGUCCACCUGAGAGCUCCUUCCAGAAACUAGCACCCAGCGAAUAUAGGUAUACUUUAUUGAGGGAUCGAGAUGAGCUUUAAAAACUUGAAAAACAAUUUGCAAGCCUUUCAAACAGCAGCAUCAACUUAACGUGGAGGAAAUAGUAAACCUAUAUUUUCAUAAUUCUGUGUGUAUUUUUAUUUUGAAUAAACUGAAACAAGUUUUGGGUUUUUAAUUUUUUUUCCCCCUGACUCAAAAUGCAUUGUCAUUUAAUAUAGCCUCUUUUUAAAAAUCUGCUAGGGUUAAAAACAAAUAAAAAUCAGAGGCCUAUCUUUGCUUUAAAUCUGUCCUGUAAAAUUUUUAUAAAUCAAGUGAAAGGUGACAUUGCCAGAAACAUAACAUUAACUUGCACUCUACUAGGUUAGGGAGGACUUAGGGACGUUUCCUGUGUAGUAUGUGCUUUUCUUUCUUUUCUUUACAUAUGAUCAAUUCUGUUGGUAUUUUCAUUAUCACAUUUCUCAAAACUAAGGGGGUAUAUAUUCUGGAUACUUGGGAGGGGAAUAAAUUAAAAUUUUCACACUGUGUACUGUGUUUUACUGACUGGUCGGAUAGUGCUUAUGAAAAUUCCAUAGUGGUAUUUUUUGGAUUCUUAAUGUGUAACUUAAACAUACUAUGAAGAGGAGGAGAGCCAUAAGCCAGAACAUUUGGCAGCAAUUGUCCUUAUGAUUUA